GUUGUCUUCAGUGCACCAAACAUUCAUUCUCUGAAUUAUACAGUCUCUAAGCAGUACACUAUAAUUUAGCCACUAAUUGCAACUCCAAUGGCAGCCAACACCAUAGAUCCUGAUCAACAAAUGACCCCAGAAUUCGAACUUCCAGGGUUUCGAUUCCAUCCCACAGAAGAAGAACUCCUUGAAUUCUACCUGAAAAGUAUGGUUUUUGGCAAGAGAUUGCGUUUUGAUAUAAUUGGUUUUCUCAAUAUCUACCAUCAUGACCCUUGGGACUUACCUGGGUUGUCAAAGAUUGGAGAAAGGGAGUGGUAUUUUUUUGUGCCCAGGGACAGGAAGCAUGGCAGUGGAGGAAGGCCUAACAGAACCACUGAAACUGGGUUUUGGAAAGCCACAGGCUCUGACCGGAAGAUUGUGAGCCUCUCGAAUCCAAAGAGGAUCAUAGGGUUGAGAAAGACUCUUGUUUUUUACAAAGGGAGAGCUCCAAGAGGAAGUAAGACCGAUUGGGUCAUGAACGAGUAUCGUUUGCCUGAUAACUGCCAGUAUCUCAAAGAUAUUGUGCUGUGCAAGAUAUAUAGAAAGGCAACUUCCUUGAAAGUGUUAGAGCAAAUGGCAGCAAUAGAGGGAGAUCAGAUAAAGAACUUUCAUGCUUCCCCUAACUCAUCACCUCCUCCAACAUCCAUGGAUACCAUCUCAUUUUGCAGCCAAGCAUUACAGGAAGAUCUGACACCGCAAAUUUCCACAAACCAUGUGGUAUUCAAGCAAGAAAUAGAAGAGGCAGCUCUGGUAAUAGCACAAGAGCAAAAGGAUGAGAAUGCAAUGGAGAUCAAGGGGUCUCCUCCUCCUCCUAUGUACAAUCUACCAGAGCUCCAAGUGCCUAAAUAUAGCAUGGACUGGACCCAAGACACAGUUUGGACCCAAAUGAACAGCCCUUGGCUUCAAAACUUGACCCCUUUGGCCAAUAUUCUCAACUUCUAAUUAUUUCAAUAUGUUACGAUAAAAGUUUGGUCAAUGUUAACCUAGACGAAAAUCCAUUAUUUAGGCUUUAUUUGGUUAUUUGAACCUAAACGUGGUAAGGCAUAUAAUAUUCGGGUCCAAACAUUCCUGUAGAUAGAUUUUUUCACAAUUUAGAGCAUCUGGUUAUCCUUUAUCCAGCAAGUGAUCACGUGUUUUAUUUUUUUCUAGACUUCUAGUUAAGGAACAACUUCUCUGUUUUUUCUUUUUUUCAUUUUUCUUGUUUUUUCAUUUUCUCUUGAGAGAGGGAGAAACGUUAUGUUAUCUUAUAUCUCAUGGACAAAUAGACCUGCAAAUAUAGCAAUUAAGGAAUUUUUAUUCUGUUC